GCUGUCACGGAAGGCACUCAAGUAUGGAUGCAUACGUCGCGCUCAGGCCGGGCGAGCGGAUCUGGACAAUUCAUACUACGAUGCCGGCUCCAGCUGCAAGACAAUCCGAAUGGCGCUUGAUGCUCAGGCUAGUGCACUUAGCACUACAUCAGUAAGUACAUUAAGGCCUCGGCGCAGUUGUGACAUGUGAUCUCUACGUAAAGACUGUAGAGAAGCACGGAAUGUGUUGUCACAUCUUGUCUCUAGCGCGACAUCUUGCUGCAACUUUUCACGUCUGCGAUCCUUUGCAUCACCGCCUCUCCAAACUCAACACAAUGAGUGCACGAGACCGCGACCACUACUCGCGACGGGCACUCAGAUCACGGUGCAUGCAUCGGGUUCGCGUCCAGCCUGGACGAGGUUACGAGAACAUUUACAAUGAAACUGGCGCUAUGUUGCAUGAUUUGAUCGACAUUUACGACGAUUCGUUCCCGGAAUAUCUAUACGAUUCGGACAUAACGAAUAAUUUCGUAUACCUAUACAAGCUGAAGUCGAACGGAAGCCGAGUCGUCUGCAAGGUAUUGGAGUACUGCGGGGAAUCACUGUUGGGCUCACUGCGUCAUGAGAAGAGAUCGUUCAGAGAAGCAGUCCUUGAAGCGUACAGCAAACUGGACAUGGAGCCUGUCCACCUCGUUAAGGGCAACCGCGAAGACUACGGUCCCAGCGAAAUCAUCCGUAGGCCGAAUGGCCAGCCCUGCCUUAUCGACUUUUCGAAGGCGCGCCAGCACAUUGGUGAAUGCCGCCGCUCCAAGAUCAGAUUCAACACUCCGAGAUGGCCAAUUUCACAACGCCUUUGCGGAGAGAUACUUGCAGUCACCGACGAUGCCGACUUCUUCACAAGUGGGAUGCUCGUAUUAAUCCCAAAUAGGGCACUACCUCUGAGCUAACAAGCAGGUGCGAAGCCGGAAGACUACUGGCCUGUCAUUGGGAAAGUGUUGACGACGCUAGGAUAUACCAAGGAGGACGGAUGCGCGGUGAUAGAAAACGCUAUCGAGAAUUAUGAGGCAAACGUUGUUAGGAGGAGGGAGGCCCUAGAUAUCGCAGGGCGUGAUGAGUAGAGAAGGAUGUGAUACGCGACUCACAAAUGCAUGAUGUACGAUCUCACAUCGGCAUAAUAUCACAUAGGAGUCAAUUUUUCGCUAUACG